UUGACAGAGUAAUCUGAGGUGGUGUAGUGUAGUCGACGCUAGUUAUGUUAUCUCCUCCUUUAGGGUUACACAACCCGUGUUUGUCAUUAUAUAAGUGAGCUACAUAAUGCGCCAAUGGGAGGGUGCUGUGGAGGUCACGUGCUGCGUAGUGGGCGGGACGAACGUGAGGUGUUUAUUGUUAUGUAGCAGGGAGGACGGACCGGUCCUGCUGAAAAUCCCUCUCCCGGUUUAUCACUCUUUUUUUUUUUAUUAUUAUUAUUAUCAUUAUUAUUAAAUUAUGUAGCUAGCGUGUGUUAUUUUGUUUAAAAUGGACUUUUCGGAGUGGGUUUGUACGCGCUUUGAAAAUGGGAAGGCGAAGUGCUGGAAAGCGCGGAGGGGAAAAGGAGUCAGUAGCGGAUCGAGGAGAAAGGGAGCUGAUGGGAUUAUGCGGAGAGCAGUUUACCGGAGAGCUCGCGCCUUGUAGGAAAUCUGAUGCACCGAUCACAAAGCGGCGUCGGAUCUUUUCGUGCGCGCGCUCGAAACGUGACUGCGAGCGUCUAUAACGUUCACUGGUUAACGCUUUGUUUGGUUUGUGGUGGUGACCACAGAGCUUUCUUUCCCCUGUCGCCCUCCUGCUCCACUCUCUCGAGCUGAACACUGCUUCUGUCUCAUUGAAGAUAAUCCAACUUUUUAAUGCUUUUGCUAGAUGAUUCUACAAGUGUCGUCCCGUGUAGAGAGAGAGAGAGAGAGAGAGAGAGAGAGAGAUCCGGAUUGUGAAACAUUUACGUAAUUGAUAGGCGAUUAGACAGAGAGCGCGAGCGCGUGUGAUCUGGUUAAUGACUUCACAAUUCAUUAGGCUGUUUAAAUGCACGUUUUCUACCUUUGACGUCAAGGCCUGGUCAUUUCCGCCGCUCGUGCACUCAUUCCAGCAUGAGGAGGUAGCGUUUUGAUCACCAAAGCCCUGUACUUAGAAUUGUUCACUUUUUCUUACUACUAUUUAUUUCUGUGUAAUAGAUUGAAUUAAUUAAGCAUGGACACCGGGAUCCAGAGUUCUAACGAGCAUUUCGCGCGCGAGCCGAGCGCACCGGGUGUGUGUUCAGAAAUGCUGGAAGUGGCUGAAGAAGCAUGCCGGGCCGGGGAUUACGAGCUGGCCAUUGAGAUCUACUCAUCUCAGCUCUCCGACCUCCACCAGCCCGAUCGGGGGCUUUGGCUGCGCAAAGCAGACGCUUUAGCCCGCGCCGGUCGGAUAGCAGAGGCUCUGGACUCGUACUGCAUCGCCGCGGAGCUGCACCGGCUGCGAGCGGAGGAGCUGCGGCUGUUAGUGGAGAGCAUCGCGCGCACGAUCCGGGUGAAGGAGCUGCAGGCGAGCGCGAGCGCGAACGCGGCCACCUGUUCCGACCUGGACGAGCUCGAGGAGGAGCACGCGCUCGAUUUGUUUUCGUGUCGCCUGUGCAAGUGUUUGCUGUCCGAGCCCACUACACUGGUGUGCGGUCACACGUUUUGCAAACGGUGCCUGGAGGCUUCCGUCGUCAGCGAGUGCAAGUCGUGCCGCACGAGCAUGAACAAAUCGUGCUGCACCAGCGGCCUCCGGGCCAACGUUAUCCUCAGCGGCCUGCUCGACAAGUGGUUCGAGGCGGAAAGUAAAUGCAGGAGGCACUGGCUCGAGGGGGAAAGCUUGUGGAAGAAACAAGAGCUGCAGGGGGCCCUGGAGAAGUAUAACCAGGCUGUGGAUCUAGUGUCCUCUAUCGCUAGUUUGCUAGCACAGCGAGCUGAGCUGCACAUGGACAUGAAGAACUUUAACCAAGCGAUCCAGGACGCGGACAGCGUUUGCCGUCUCCUACCGGCAUCACCAAAGGCCCACUACAUUAGGGCCAAGAUGCUUUGCUGUGCUGACCGCAGAGAAGAGGCAUUGCAGGAAUAUUUUAUUUGUGUAGCACUCAAGCCAGACUGGACAUCUGUAAAAUUGGAGGCACAGAAGAUCCUGAGCGAGAUGUUUUCCUCCAUUUUUCAGAACGACAGUCUGGUCACACGCCUCCAUCCGCUUCAAACCACAAGCUCUUCCCCUCGCAUCAAACCUUCAUCACUCCUCAGCUCUCUGCACUUUCCUCUGACGAGGGACGGAGCCAGAGCUGGCUGCUCCAAAGAUCCUGCACUCAGUAGUAGUAAAGCUUGUGACAGUUCGAGUUCCUCAUCCUUAAAUCAGCCAGAGAGCAGCAUAGAAGAAUCCAAAAGUCUGGCAGCUGUGCUUUCCUCCCUCCCUGUAGUUCCUGGUGUAAAGAGAAAGUGCUUGGCUGAUGCCAGUGCCUUUGUGCCUCCCAGCAAGAUUCUCAAAACAGAUAUACCCAGCUCCCCACGGACUCCUGCUGGCCAGUGCGGGACAAGGACAGUACCGUCUCAUCUCUUGGACAGUGCAGACAUGGAGUGUUCUCUGUGCAUGAGGUUGUUCUAUGAGCCUGUCACCACUCCCUGUGGACACACCUUCUGUCUCAAGUGUCUGGAACGCUGCCUGGAUCAUAACCCCAACUGCCCUCUAUGCAAAGAGAACCUUUCAGAGUAUCUGGCCACAAGAGGGUACAAAAAGACCUUCCUGAUGGAGGAGGUACUUCAGCGCUACCUGCGUGAGGAGCUGGAAGAGAGGAGGAAAGUGCACGAAGAAGAAAUGAAAGAAUUGUCCAAUUUGAACCAGGAAGUUCCAAUCUUCGUCUGCACCAUGGCGUUUCCCACAAUCCCCUGCCCGCUGCACGUAUUCGAGCCACGCUACAGGCUGAUGAUUCGCCGGGCCAUGGAGACAGGAACCAAGCAGUUCGGCAUGUGCAUUUCAGACGAACUGAGAGGGUUUGCCGAUCAUGGCUGCAUGCUGGAGGUGAGAGACGUGAAGUUCUUCCCUGACGGUCGCUCGGUGGUCGAUACGAUUGGCAUGUCUCGCUUCAAAGUGCUCAGCCAUGGCCAGAGAGACGGCUACAACACGGCUAAGAUCGAAUAUUUGGAGGAUAAGAAGGUGGAAGGAGAGGAACUAACCGAGCUCCUGAAGCUGCAUGACUCUGUGUAUGAUCAGGCCACAGCCUGGUUCACGUCUCUCAAAGACAACAUGAAAAGCCAGAUCCUGAGCCACUUCGGUCACCUGCCUGCCAAAGACCCCGACGCACAGGGGAACCCCAGUGGGCCGGCGUGGUGCUGGUGGCUGCUGGCUGUGCUGCCUCUAGAGAAUAAAGCUCAGCUCACCAUCCUCUCCAUGACAUCACUGAAAGACAGACUCAUCGCCAUCCGCCGAGUGCUCAUCUUCGUCACCAGGAAGCGUCCUCGAUGACCUCGGCCUUCCUCGAUCAUCACCAUCGUCAUCGUCACUGUCGCUUCAGGAGCCACAAAGACAGGUAGCGGGCCACUGAAGCAGCUUGUCGAGUCUCUCAUCAUCCGCAACCACUCGUUGAACGAUAAACUGACACGCACAUUCUCUUCAGUGUGCAGUCUGUGUUGAUUUACAAAAAAAAAAAAAAACAACAAAAAGGCUGAAUGACUGACUGUAGCUAAAGACGUAGUAAAAACUGAAAGAGGAAGCCCUCUGCUGAUAACCGAAUGCUGUGAACAUGCCACUCCUGCUUUGUGCCUCGUACGUGUGUAAGGCUGACCAAAUGCAUCUCAUGGGCUUCCGGUAUGUUUACUGGUCCAGUGGCCUGCUUGUGGUUCACACAUCAUGUACUAGUUAAGCCUAUACACAACUUUUUAUUACCUCCUUCAAAAACUGGUCUUGCAACCACACAUUGCACAAGUCUUCGUUAUAUUCACCAUCGAAGAGCGUGAUGUUAGAAAUCGAACCGUUUAUUCAGUCCGCAUAGUGGAGGGUGAAAACGGUGAAAGAAAAUUCCAGUCCUUUUUGAAGUUUUAUUAAAGCUUUGCUUAAUGCCGAUUUGGAAAGAUUAGAAAUGUGUACUGUAUCUGAAAGGGAAAAUGGCAAUCCUGUAUUAAAAUGGCUAGAAUUGUGAAAUCUGGCUGAUUGUUUCAGUCUUUAAGAUUUUUGAUGAAUUGAUUAUUCAAAAACAUAACUUGCUGUAAUGGGUCAAAUUAUCAGUCAGGUUUUUUUUUUUUUUUUUUGUCCAAAUAUGAGUAUUUUUGUUAAUAGCAUACUUUAGCUCUCUAAUUUAGUACACUAAAAUGACAUGGAAAUGUUUUUAUUGAGGUUACUUUGCAAAAAAACAUGUUGUGUAAGCAGCUUAUUUAACAAAUAGGCUGCCUAAACAUGUCCAAUCUUUCUAGCUAAGCAAAUAUUUCUCACAGUUGAAGUUUUUUUGGACGGUUACGUGUCAUAGCGAAAUGGACAUCAGCCUGAUCAAUUCGUUUUAUAAUCAGAUAAUCACUGUCAGAAUGACCACCCUUCUCCUGCGCAGGCACGUCAUCAUCAAAACAGAGAAGAGCACUUACACGCUGUGUACAGGUGACAGUGCAGAAUUAGCUAACAGAACAGAUAUGACUGAAUUCAUCAGCGGUUGUUUCCCCACAGCUGUUAGCGUGAAGAGAGAUCAGUUGACUGAAGAAAUAACAAUGAGGCUCGUGUUUAAAUGCCGUGAGUGACUUUUACCUGAGUAAGGAAACAGAAACUGAUGUGGACGAUUCUUAGAAUCAAUGUGAUAAUCAGCUUUUCCUGUUGUAAACUUAUAACUCUCUAAUAUUUAGCAGGAAUGUUGUUUUUCUCUAAGUAGAUUAGGUUAUAAAUGUAGAGGUAGGCGGGGAGUCUUUUGAGUGGAAUUGGUUGGAAUUGAAUCUUUUUUAAAUGUGAUUUUCUCCCUUUCUCUUAUAUUUCAGUUCAGGAAAGCCUGUAGUUUAAAGAAAGGAAGAAAGAAAGAAAGAAAGAGACAGAAGGAAAGAAAGAAAGAAAAACAAAAACCAUGUGAAGGGUUUUCCCAUGCCGCCACACAAUUAAAUGUUGGUCGAUGAGAUCUCUAAAAUUCCCACUAGUCACUGUGCAGCACUGAGCAGUGUACUGAAACUGAAUCGAUUCGAUGGUUUGUUGCUAAAAAAGGAAUGCAGUCACUUAAUCCAAAUUUGACUUCUAAUUGAUUUCUAAAUUUUAUUUAUUCAAAUUGCCUCGUUUUGUUUACAUUUUGCUUUGUGUGUACUUGAGGCCAAUCGAGUUGUUGAUACAAAACUGCAAAAAGUCUUUUUUUUUUUUUUUCUUUUUUUUUUUCUUCACACUGCAAAAAAUGUGAUUUUUUUUUUUCCUCAGAAUGACCAUUGCACUAGCACUAUACACACUAUAUAUAAAACAAUAUACUGGUCAUUCAGGUUUGAAAAAUGAAUUUGAAAAAAAGAAUAUGCUGUUACUGAAGACAUUAUUGUGGCAGUUAUGUUUGAUAGUUUUAAAAUUAGACUCUACUGAUGACUCCAAGGAAGCUUCACUGUGCAAAUGAAGUGUUGGGCUCUAAGUAUACAUUAUCUCUCACCAAAGUCUCCCAGAAUGUUUUCUUAAUACAUAAGGCAGAUGCACUGCGAUGAAGUCAGCUUUAUUUGCAUUUGGUAAUUUGGAACAAGUCCUAACCACAGAUUUAACAACAGAAGCUGCAAGGCAAUUGCCAGAGUUACUUUAAAUCUGAUUCUGUGAUCAAGAUUAAAUGAAAGCAUUGCACAACACGAUAACCUAUUAGACAGCAAAUUAUUGUAGCCUGUAUCAUUCAUAUUAAGAGUUAAAUAGAACAGACCUGCUCUUUCCCUAAUUUAGUCUCAGGUUGCAAAAGGUCUUUAUUUCCUCAUUUUGGACAGCUUUCAGAUUUGGUCCCUGAUCCAAAAAUGAAACUAUUGAGUCCACUACUUUUACCAUUGUAUGUUCUAUGCACCUUUACCUUGUGUUUCUGCGCAGUGAGCCGUUUGUGAAACUUUACCUGUUGAAUAAGGAUUGUGAUCAUCUGUGUACAGACAAAUCAGAGGCCUUGGACUGACCUUUUCUUUAUUUUUUUUUUUUUUCCCCCAUUUUCCACUGUGACUGAUUCUUCCUUUUCGUGAUGUGCAAGACUCUUUUUGCGUAGCUCCUCUUUUCUCAUGUAGCAUCUCCUCCUGGUUACUGCACAAAUGCUGCAUUUUUAUGUCAAUUUGUACGUUCAGAUGAAAUUAAACUUAUUUUAUAUUUUACAUCAAAA